UUGCCACGUUUGAACAAAACUCAAAUCAAUAACAUCGCUUAAACAAGAUUUAACCGGAAUUAACCGGACCGGUAGAAACUGUGUUUGAAAUUUAAAAGCACACUCUCUCUAUCGCCACACCCACACCUUCUCUGCAAAAACAAAAGAUUUCCACUUUUCUUAAAAAUGGCGUCCAUGAAACACGUUCAUCUUUUCCGUCGUUAUCUCUCAAUCGUUUUCACUCUCUUUCAACGCUUAAUUUCAUGUUUCUUCGAUUUUCCGAUACUGAUCAAAAUCGCAGAUUCGUUCUUAUCUCUGUAUUUCUUAGUUUUCUGCGAUCUCCGACCCGUAACCGUCGAUCUAGACGACGGAGAAACCACAGUCCAUUUCUGGAUCUCCGGCCACCGUAGAAUCUCUCGGCAGAAUCUCGUCAUGCUCCAUGGAUACGGAGGAAACUCCAAAUGGCAAUUCGUUCAUCAAGUCUCGGAUCUCUCGAAAUCGUUUAAUCUCUUCAUCCCCGAUUUGGUCUUCUUCGGAAAAUCGUAUUCGAAGAAUAGAGAUCGGAGCGUUGAGAUUCAGGCGAGGAGCGUCGUCGGAGGAUUGAAGAAACUGGGAUGCGUUGAAGGAGGAGGAGGAAUAUCGAUUUAUUCGAUUAGUUACGGUGGAUUUGUGGCGUAUAAAAUGGCGGAGAUUUGGCCGGCGAUGGUUGAGAAAUUGGUGAUUGUGAGUAGUGGAGUGGGAUUUACACAGCAGCAGAAGACGGCAGAAUUGAAAAAACACGGCGGAGAUUGUUCGAAGAUUUUAGUUCCGAAAACUCCGAUGGAUCUACGGUUGCUGAUUAAGAUAUCUAUGAAUACUGGUUUAACGUUCGUCGAUUGGGUUCCAGACUUUUUCCUUUCCCAAUUCAUCGCUGUAAUGUAUGAGAAAAAUCGGCAGGAGCUUCUUGAGCUAGCUAAGAAUUUGUUGGAACGAGAGGAGGAACCAGAAUUGCCUGUAAUAUCCCAGAAAACGUUAAUCGUUUGGGGAGACAAGGACAAGGUGUUUCCCUUGGAGCAUGCUUAUCGGCUGCAAAGGCAUUUACAGAGUUCAAGAUUAGAGAUAAUAAAGGAAACAGGACACGCUGUUAACAUUGAAGCACCAACUACUCUUAAUAAUUUUAUUACUUCGUUUGUCUUAAGUGCUUGAUUUCUAUUUUUGUAUAUACUUCUUCUUCAUAUAAAUAUCUAUAUGCAUUUGAUUUAAGUGUAUAUAUAGUUGACAUCAUUUAACAUAUCAUCAA